UUUUGCUGCAUAUUUCACAAUGUCCGUCAUUGGAUCCUUGAUUUUCUGCACGGAUUGCGGCAAUCUGCUGCGCGAGUCCACCGGAGAUGCCAAUGCGAUCCUGCACUGCACUGUCUGCGGAGCUCGGAACAACGACACAAUCCCGCAAACCAUCGUCUCGGAAUCCAAACCCUCCGCAUUCCCGUCAGCCCUAAGAGCUAAGCGCUCUGCCGUCCAAGAGCUUUCCGCUGAUGACCGAAAGACUGAGGCCAUUGCUGAGAAACAAUGUGUGAAGUGCGGAAGAAAGGAGAUGUUCUACACCACCGUCCAGCUGCGCAGUGCCGAUGAAGGAAGUACUGUUUUCUAUCGGUGUGUGUGCGGUCACAAGGAAACUGAGAAUAACUAA